AUGCAAACCGAAACCCGGGCGCUCCCAAAAACUACCAUGGAGGCUCUUCUUGCGGUUGACGAAGCUCCCCCAAAGCAGGCAAUGGCAAGCACCACCCAUAAACUCACCAUGCCAAAGGAAUCCCCUACAAUUGUUGAUAAGCGUCAAGCCCAAAAAUCGGCACUUCUUGUAGCCCCUUUGAAGAUGACGGCCCGACGCUCCGAGUAUCUCAAGUCAGAAUUGAGUAAUUCAUAUGUCAACAUCCAAAGAGAUGAAGAGUAUCCUGAAAUUUCUAUAAUUGUCCCAUCGUCUCAUAAGCCGGUAACCCAGAACGUCAAUGAAGAGCCGCCUCUAUUGAACCGAAGAAGUUCCCGGAUUCAAGCGGAGAACAUAUCAGCUAUAGAAGUUGUAGAAGCACCUCUUAGCCCACGAUAUAUGCAAAGUGGCUCGUUCGCUACAACUAAGCAACGUCCCACAAGCCGGAAACGGAGAACCAACCCGCCGCAGGAUGUCUUCCAAGCCCGCGAAGAAGUCGAGAGCCGUCCAAAGGUGCAUCUAUUUAGAAGAAAGACUACUAAAGAUGAUCUCCUUUCUAGAUAUUUUAGUAAUCGAGAUAUAAAAUUUUUAGUAGAUAAUGCCGAGUCAAUGAGUCAAUAUUGGUAUAAUGCAAAGUAUCUACUCGAGACUCUCAUACUAAAAGCGAUGGGCCAAGACGACAAUGGAAUGGACCUCUCUUUCACUUUCUGA